AAAUCCUUUUAAAAAAAUAAAGAAAUGUCAACAAUCAAUAUACUGUCUAACCUGUAAUACUGCCCGGCUAAAAAUUAAAAAAGCUGGUGGUUAUAACAUAUAAUAUAAUUAUCUUUGCUGAUUAAUACUUAAAAUCAAAAAUUAUCCAUCUUUCGCUACGCUUUACCUACCAGUAGGUUUGUGACUAUAGUUGGUAUCGCUUUCUUAAAAAGAUCUAGGAUAUAUGUUUUAAUACAUUUACAUAAAUGAUAUAAUGGGGAGCAAUUCAAAGGCAUUAUCAUUUAGUGUACAAUCAGAAUGCAUAAUAUCAAGAGCUCGUGCUGGACUUAUGAAAUUACCACACUACAGUGUCAAAACUCCAGUAUUCAUGCCAGUUGGAACACAGGGAACAAUGAAAGGUCUAUUACCAGAUCAGCUUGAAAAUUUAGAUUGUGAGAUCAUAUUAGGAAACACAUACCACUUAGGAAAUAGACCUGGAGUUGAUGUAUUAAAAAAGGCUGGUGGUCUUCAUAAAUUUAUGAAUUGGAACAGAGCUCUUCUUACUGAUUCAGGAGGUUUUCAGAUGGUUUCAUUAUUGAAACUAGCUGAGAUUACUGAGGAAGGUGUGAAGUUUAGAUCACCUUAUGAUAAUUCUGAAAUUAUGUUAACACCUGAAAAAUCUAUUGAAAUUCAAAAUUACAUAGGUGCAGACAUUAUAAUGCAGUUAGACGAUGUUGUACAAACAACUUUUCAAGAUUAUGAUAGAAUUAAAGAAGCAACUGAAAGAACUAGUAGAUGGCUUGAUCGAUGUCUUAGGGCUCAUAAAAGACCAGAUGAUCAAAAUAUAUUUCCUAUUGUACAAGGCUUACUAGAUCCUGAAUUAAGAAGACAAAGUGCUGAAGAGCAUAUGACUAAAGAUGUAAAUGGAUUUGCAAUAGGAGGACUCAGUGGAGGUGAAGCAAAAGAUGAUUUUUGGCCAAUGGUUAGUCUUGGAACAAAAAUUUUGGAUAAACACAAACCAAGAUAUUUAAUGGGUGUAGGCCUAGCUAUAGACCUUGUUGUUUGUGUUGCAUUAGGAGUGGAUAUGUUUGAUUGUGUGUUUCCAACUCGCACAGCUAGAUUUGGAUGUGCGCUUGUUAAUAAAGGACAGUUAAAUUUAAAACAAAAACAGUAUCAGACUGACCUUAAUCCUAUUGAUAAGAAUUGUGACUGUGCUACAUGUAAUAAUUAUACAAGAGCGUACUUGCACUGUAUUGUAUCUGUGGAAACAGUUGCUUGCCACUUAAUUUCCGUGCAUAAUAUUGCUUUCCAGAUGCGUCUGAUGAGGACAAUGAGAAAAAACAUUGAAAAUGGUACCUUCCCAAAAUUUGUUAAAGAGUUCUUCUCUGAAGUUUAUCCUGAUAAUAAUUAUCCAACUUGGAUAGUAAACUCUCUUCAUUCUGUUGGAAUAAAUAUAAAAAAUACUUAAAACAAAAGCUUUUAUUAACUAGGUGUUUAAUGUAGUUCUACCCUCGUUAAAUUUGAAUUAUAUAUUAUGUAAUAUUUGUAAAUCUACAACCUAACAAUAUUAAAAAAAGCAAAACAAAGUAUUUUUUCCUACCGCAUUCGAUAUUCAAUUAAAACACAAAAAAUAUUUUU